CUUUCAACACAAAUCAAACUACAAAAUUCUCUAUACCUCUCUUUUUCUCUCUUCCGUUUGCUCUGCUUUUGUCUUGACGGGAUUCUGAGAGUUGAAUUCGUAUUAUGGAGUAUUUUUCCGGGGAUUAUGCUGAGUUCUCGUCGCCGGACAAUUUGAAUUUCAAUACUAAUAACAAUGGUGUCCAUUUUACGGUGGAUGAUUUGCUGGAUUUUUCCAAGGAGGAUGAGACGAUGACCGACGCAUUUUUCGAUAGUUUGGGGGGGAAUUCCGGGGACUCGUCCACCGUCACCGCCGUUGACAGCUGUAAUUCCUCGAUUUCUGGAGGUGGAGACGGCCAGUUCAACGGUAACGUUAGCUGCCGUAGCUUUAAUGAUUCGCAGUUCUCCGGCAACGAACUCUGUGUUCCGUAUGAUGAUUUAGCGGAGCUGGAAUGGCUGUCGAAUUUCGUGGAAGAAUCUUUCUCAACCGACGACCUCCAUUUCAUCCCCACCGCCAACGGCGCCGUCGCGGCCAAAACCUCUGCUACAGACACCUCUUCCUCCGUGACCACUACUCACUCACCACCAAUUUUCCCCUCCGACGUCUCAGUUCCCGGCAAAGCCCGCAGCAAACGGUCACGCGCAGCCCCCUGCGACUGGUCUUCCCGCCUCCUCCUCCUUUCCAAUUCCCCCUCCACAAACCCCAAAACAGCACCAUCAAAGUUGAAAAGGGAGGCAACUGAAACUACUCCGGGCCGGAAAUGCCUCCACUGCGCUUCAGAAAAGACCCCACAGUGGAGAACAGGUCCAAUGGGACCAAAAACAUUGUGCAACGCAUGUGGGGUCCGGUACAAGUCGGGUCGGCUCGUGCCCGAAUACCGACCCGCCGCCCCCCCCGCCGCCAGCCCCACUUUUGUUUCCACCAAGCACUCGAAUUCACACCGGAAGGUCUUGGAGCUCCGGAGACAAAAGGAUCUCCAAAGACAGCACCACCACCAACAAUUGAUCAGUCAGGCCUCCAUUUUCAACGGGUGUGAUGAGUUCCUGAUUCAUCACCGUAGCAGCAGCAGCAUUAACGGUCCGGAUUUGAGGCACAUGAUCUAACGUGUGUGUGCGCGCUAGUGUACGGACAUUGGUACCCACACGAUCAUAAUUGCCUGCUAAUUUCUUAGUCCUAAGUCAUAACCCCAAUUUUUCUAAUUUUUCACUAUGUUUUUAGACAUUUGAAUUUUUGAAAUAGAAGCCGAGGGAGAAUAUGGUCAAUUCAAUUCAAUUGUAGAACUUGUAAUCCACAUUUUGUUUCUAAAUUUUGAUAUCAA